GCUGUUUGAUACCCUCUGGUUUGUGAUAGAUUGCAGACGUGAAAGAAGAAGAGACCGAGCCUUUGGAACUUUCUAUCCGUGUCUACUUUUGAUGUAUUGUUGUGAUGUCGGUUUUAAAAUGGGACGUUUUGUUUCGGACCCCUCAAGGAUGGAGCCAGGACCUUUCAUUCACAUGGAUCACAGUAUGUGUGUAUAAGGUGAGAUAGAGCUCAGGCCAAUUAUGGAGGCAGGACUGAACUGCAGCUCUCACUGCGAGUCUAGUACCUGCUUCAUCUACUCAGCAGUGAACAACCAACAAGGCUGGGACAUACUGCAGAGACUCUGUGCUCUCUCAACGAGUGGUGUGGGUGUUAAGAGUCGAGCGCUGUCGCCUGCCCUUCGUGCUGUUGUCUGGACUCUGCUCUCCUGUGGGAUUUUCCUGGCCCUCUUCUUUCUCAUUUUUACACUCCGCUUUAAAAACAAUAGGAUAGUGAAGAUGUCCAGUCCCAAUCUGAAUGUGUUGACUCUGUGCGGCAGUAUACUUACAUAUAGCAGUGGUUUCUUAUUCGCCAUGGAGGAAAGAGCAACACUGCAGGGAACAGGAUCAAGAGCGAUCUUACAGGCCCGGAUGUGGAUGCUGUGUAUAGGCAGUUCUCUAGUGUUUGGUCCCAUGCUUGGUAAAACGUGGCGGCUCUACAAAGUGUUCACUCAGCGCAUGCCUGACAAGAGACUGAUUAUUAGAGACAUACAGCUUAUGGGUUUGGUAGCUCUGCUGGUCCUCGUGGAUGCUGUUGUUUUAACAACAUGGAGUCUGACAGAUCCAAUCAAGUGCUCUCGGUCAAUUAAUGCUGUGGUGAAGAUAAUGGAGUUAAGUGCAUCCUACAGUCUGUCCCAGCUAGACUCAUGUUCUUCUCUAUACUCGGAUCUGUGGGUCAUCCUUCUCUCUGCUUUUAAGGGCAGUCUCCUCCUUUAUGGCACGUACCUUGCUGGCCUGACAAGCAAUGUCAGUUUACCCCCAGUAAACCAGUCUAUGACCAUCAUGGGUGCUGUAUGCUUGGUUACCAUGUCAACCACUGUGGCUGCGCCCGUCUCUCUUUACCUGUAUGCUUGGCCCAAUGUGGUGUACAGCGUAGUGUCUGGAGCUAUCUUUAUCUGCACUCUUUCCAUAAACUGCCUGCUGUUUGUGCCCCAAUUGACCCAGUGGAGACAGUUUGAAGAGGAGACAAACUCUCAUCCCAGUCAGAUGGCCAAAUAUUUCAAUAGUCCAAGCAAGACCAUGAGCUCCAUGUACAGUGAGGAUGAGAUCUAUUAUCUACUUGGAGAAAACGACUCCAUGAAAAGGCUUAUUAAUGAGAAGAAUACCAUUAUCGACAGCCUACAGGAACAAGUGAACAAUGCCAAGGACAAACUGCUCAAACUGAUGACUGUUAGCCAUCCCUUGGAUGAGGGAGAAAUGGAUUCCUCCAACAUUAACCUAAACUCCACCUCUACCCAGACGACAGUGGUAUCUCCUAAUUCUCCUCCGACCCCUAUCCUAACCAAAUAUUCAGAAGUCGCUCCAACUGUGGCUCGCUUUCUACCUCCUUAUAUACCCCCUCCACCAAUUCCCACCAGCGCUACCUCACAGCAAACAACCUCUGAAGGUUCAGCAGCUACAGAUGUUUCUUCUUCAGCACAUGCAGGGCCUCCACAGUUUCAGGGUAACUUUACCAAUGAGUCCUGUCAAGUCAGCCAUUGGAUGUCUGAUCAUGUGAGUUUGAAGGGUACUGCAGAUGAGUCAGAUCCAACAUUAAAUAUUGUCAAAAACUCUACAAGUAUCUCAGAUGGUCCUGAGGAAGAAUCAGAGACGUUGGCGAAACAACAAGAUCUGCUUCUGGAUAAGAGCAAAUUAGUGCAGAACUCCUGUCCACCUCCGGUUGAUACGUCAGCCUCCAAGGAGCAAACCACCGUAUCAAUGGAGGUUUCAACAACGGGGCGACAGGGUUUUGUAAGCAAUGAGCAGCUGGUUGAGAUCUUGCAGGACCUGAGCAUGGAUGCUGUAAGCAGCUCUGUCAGAUCGCCCGAGCGAGCAAGGAGACCUCCCAUCAAUCCAGAUCAUGAGGAGCUCAUCACAGCUCUCUCACCUCAAUCAUCUUUAGAGUUCUUCUUCCCCACCAUCUCACCGUAUCUCAUGCGCAAACGUAGACCUCCGUUUUACUCCUCAAAAGGGGGACCUCCACCUUACUAUUUUCCUGGCUCUGUACCUCCAGGGCGCAGAAGACCACCAAAAGACCAUGAAAUGUUGAAGGAGGACCGCAACUACAAACUAAAACCUUCCAGUCCAAGCCCUCAAAGACAAGACUUGGGGCACGAGGGCUGUAGGAGAAAGAGGGAAAAGCACACAGGGACUCGCUGUGGCUCUGAUAUUUUAACCAGCAGAAGAGGUUCAAUACAGGACAACUGUGAAUCUUUAUCACGGAAAUGUUCUGUUACUCCUUUUACAGGACAGAUUCCUCAGCCUGCCUCGGCUGAUCUGAUACAAGGGAGUAAAACAUCAGAGGAGCUGUAUGACUACUCAGACUCAGACUCCAGCAGCUCGGAGGACUACUGUUACUACCACCGGCCAUAUUGUAGGGCUUGCUUACAUCACCCUUAUGACUCCACAGACAGCCUUAGCAGCUCUGACAGUGAGAAUGGUGAGUUGUACAAGUCGGCACACCCUGUAGUGAACUUUAAAGUGGACCUUAAACCAACAUUUGUUUGAUGAGAUGAACUGCCCUUUCUGUUUAUACCGUACUUCCAUCAUAGGUGUUUGGGUCGAUGACGUUGAUGCAGUUUUUUGUUCGACUGUAUUAAAUUCUUCAGAAAUGUAUUAAAAUGCAUUACCAUACAGGCAAUGACUUGAAUACAUGUUUUCUAUGAUGUUGAAUUUAUCGUUUUAAAAUAUUUUUAUCUUGGAAUAUUUUAAAGUCAAACAAUGUUUAUGUGGUGUAACUGUCCAUUGCAAUAAAAAAACAAGUUUAAGACUAAGAUUUAUUUAAAUUAAGUAAAACCAGAACCAUUUAAUAUUAUUUCUUGAGUUUACUGCAGUGAAGGAGCUUUUUUUAUUAUUACAAGUAAGAACCUUCUACACGUAAGAAAUUCUAUGCGUCAGGUUAAAUAUCA